AAAAAUGAAAUAAGGAGCAAAAAAAGGUUGCAUUCAUUCGAAACAAAUAUAUCGAUAUACUGCCGGCCGCGCCUGCGUCUCACACUCAAGUCUCUCUCCAGUUCACUUCUCACUUCAAACCUCCCCCGUCAGAGAAUCCCCUUUUCGAAAAUGGUCUUGGGUUGUUGUUCAUAUCAUAUGUCGAGCAGAUAAAAGUAGAGUCUUGAUUGCUCGUGAUUUGGAUGAAUCUUUUCAAAAUUUAGGAUUUUGUUUUUGUUCCAAUCCUUGUCAGCAAGUAGGUGUUUUCCAGUGAUAUUGAGUUAGAGGUCUACAUAUUUUCAGCAUGGAGCCUCUCUGGAAGCUUGCAUAUUUACUCGAACCGUCGUCGCUCACCCUCUUUGUCACAGCCAUAGUAGUGUCAUAUGCAUCUGCUUCAAGAGCUCUGAAUUAUGGAAAGGAAAUGGAGCGCAACCGUGAUUUGUCUGAAGCUUCCAUUACUCUAGACAGCUCUCAGGCACUGAUGAUCCCGAUAAUGAGCUCUUGCAGCUUGCUAUUUAUGUUCUAUCUGUUUUCUUCUGUCUCUCAACUUCUGACUGCUUUUACUGCAGUUGCAUCUGCAUCUGCCUUGUACUUUUGCCUUUCGCCAUAUACUGCUCAAGUCAAAUCUUACUUUGGUCUGCCCGACCCAUAUGUAUCGCGGUGCUGUGCCAAGUCACUUACAAGAAUCCAAAGUAUCCUAUUGUUGGUUUGUGUCUCUUUAGUUGUGGUGUGGCUGGUCACGGGGAACUGGAUUUUGAACAAUCUGUUGGGCAUCUCUCUUUGUAUUGCUUUUGUCAGCCAUGUUCGACUUCCGAAUAUCAAGAUAUGCGCGAUGCUCCUUGCCUGUUUGUUUGUGUAUGAUGUGUUCUGGGUUUUCUAUUCAGAGAGAUUCUUUGGAGCAAAUGUUAUGGUAUCAGUUGCAACGCAACAGGCAUCUAAUCCUGUUCACACUGUAGCUAACAGUCUGAAUCUUCCUGGCUUACAGCUAAUAACAAGAAAGCUUGAGUUGCCUGUCAAGAUUGUGUUCCCCAGGAAUAUGUUGGGCGGUGCAGUACCUGGAAAUAAUACCUCGGACUACAUGAUGCUUGGUCUCGGUGACAUGGCUAUCCCCUCAAUGCUUUUGGCAUUAGUUCUCUGUUUCGAUCACCAGAAGGGUCGGGAUAGUAAAAAUCCCUUGGAUGCACAACCUUCAAAGGGAUUCAAAUACUUCUGGCAUGCUCUUGCUGGGUAUGGUGUUGGACUGUUUACUGCCUUGGCAGCUGGCAUCUUGACACGCUCGCCUCAGCCAGCACUUUUGUAUCUGGUACCUUGUACAUUGGGGCCGAUCAUCAUCCUGUCGUGGAUGAACAAGGAUCUAGCAGAGUUGUGGGAGGGAACAACGGGAAAUCCAAACGAGAAAGCACAUCUCACAGGAGUAUGAGGCUAUGAGCGGUAGUUUAGAUCAGCCCUCGGGGCUGAUAUUUGAGUCUACCAAAGUUCUAUGGGGAAAAUUUAGGACUUCAACAUCUUGGUAGUCAACUAGGCUUUCAAAGCAAGUUUGUUUCUUACCUAUGUCAAUAUUAUCACACACAUUGAAAAAUGGCCAAAAUUGCUUUAAAUUUUAUCUUCUAAUUGCUGCAUGGAAGAAAAUAUGAUACUCCAUUUUGUAAUUCUAAUAUGUUGGAAAUUUCAAUCAAAAUAUAAAGAAAGCUCUGCCAAACUUCACUUUUGUCA